GCACAACCUUUCUCAUAAUAAACAGUCUAGCGUCUAAAAGUCGCGUGGUCGCGUGUCUCUGAUUUUAACUACUAAAUGGUAGUUAAAGCAAUGGAAGAUAGUCGGGAGGCUUCGAUUUCUUGUAGGAAUAUACCUAAUGGAUCGGGUACCGAACCUAGCCCAGUACAACUGGAUCAUUGCUAUGCUAAACCAUGGAAUUGGCGCCAAGAAAUGGCCCAUUGUAAACCUAUACGUGUUCUUUUUGCAGAGAAUAGUUCUCCUGUUUGUGAUGAUGUGAUAGAUGUUGAAGUCCCUUCUCCCGUAAAACACCACUCUAUCCUAGAUACUGAACUCACUGACAAAAAUUAUGUGGAAUCAGUGCAGAAGUUGAGUCUUCUUUCAACAGAUGAAAAUAAUUCAGAUUGGGAAGAAACGGUCAAAAGAGAUGGAUGGACUCCAUUGCAAAAUCGAAUUUUUAAUAAGGUUGUAAAAUUGCUUAUUGCAGACAACAUGGCAAAACUAGCUACUGAAAAACUUGAAAAUGAAGCUAUCCAAAAGAAAAUCAAUGUGGAAGGUUCUGCCAAAAAAUUGAGAAUAAUCCUCUCCUCAGUGUCAUGGGAUGUGAAGAUAACUCAGUGGCUGCAUUUGACACUAAUUGAACAUCUAAAUCAAGACUAUUUGUUGUGUUACAUAAACAUGCUACAAGUGCUCCAGAGUAGAGUGCCUACCUUGGUUGAUCGAAUACUCAACACCCCUCUUACUAACAGCAAGCUUUUGGCUUUAAACAACCAAAUCCUGAAUUUUGUUGUUAGCAAGCCUUGGGAGCCUGCUUUGAAACCCAAUGUUUCAGCAACUACCAAAGCUCCACCUGUAACACCAUUCAUUAUUAUGGUACCUUCAGGAACCAAUAAUUACAAUUCUUUAUCAAGUAUGAAUGGGUCAAGGCGCUUUCAAACCUGGCACAACCUACUACAGACUCUUGGAAGAGUAACAACUGUUUCUCUCCAGACAUCAUCGACCCCACAAACACUACCCCUACCUAUGUUUGUUGAGGCCAUCAUCAAUGCUACGGUACAGAAAGUCCAAGAGCUGAAAGCUGGCUGCCCGAGUCGCCCGAUCGUUCUUGCAGGUCUUCAGCAAGGGGCAUUAAUAGCCGCACAGGUCGCCUAUAUGGAACCUGUUACGGCGCUACUUUGUUUAGGCUUCCCACUUUUCUGCGUUGAUGGCAAACGAGGCGAACCUGAUGAUUUCAUUCUAGAUAUAAAAUGUCCUACAAUGUUGAUCGUAGGUCAAUCUUCCUCGACGUGCACAGUAGACGGAAUAGAGCAGUUUAGACACCGUAUGAAAGCUGAAUCUUCUCUCAUAGUUGUAGACGGUGCUGUUGAUUCGUUAAGAAUGCUAAAAUGGAAAAAGAAACUACAAAAUGUUACCCAGUCGAUGGUGGAUACCUGUAUUUUGGAAGAAAUAUCAACUUUCUUUUCAGCAGUUUUGACCCAAGUACCUGCUCCAGGUUCUGGGAAAAAGAGUCCAGUUGAGCGAAAGUCUGAUGCCACAUCACUUAAUGCUGGACUCACGAAAAGGCCUAGGCAUCAAGUUGACGCGGAUGAUUCACCCCAUUCUGCAUUGAGUGGUCAUAACUAUUCUCAAAGUACUCCGUUUGCCCCACCAUGGAAGGGUCGCAGUGGAACUGGGCUUCGAGUGCGAGGUGGACGAGCAGGGCCCGGACACACAAGCAGACUUCCAUAUCAAAGAGCAAUCUCCGAAAUUUCGCCAUCCACUCCAAAAGGUCGACUUGCACGUUCCUUGAGUACUCAUCGUGCGCUACCAACGUCAACUGACCAUUUACCACCUCGUGGGUCUUCACAGCGAGCAAAUAUUUCCAAUUCUUUGGAUAGCGUGGAAAUUGAUUGCAAGUCGAGCGUCGGUAGUUCUCAAGGAUCGCCCAAAGAGGAAGGCUUUCAGCCUCCGAUGGAAUGCAAGGGAGGCGGCGAUAGCUCCGAGACAGAAUCGGCUCCUCCUGCCGAUGAUGAUGAUGAGAUUAUGGAAGAUUUGCGCUUUUGCAAUGAGUUUAUGUCUAAGCAACAGCACAGCCAAACACCUCAGAAACUAGACGACAGCAUGCAAGACGAUGAUUUCUGUCUCAAAUACAGUGGCGACGAAGCUGAUGAUUUACCUCUAGUCGACGUUUGCCGGCGACUAAGUGCUGAGAAUCGCAACCGGAAUCUAAACAGCAAGAACCAACCUGCGGAUCCACCGGAGUAGAUAACACCCCCGUCGUAACUAAAUAUUUUUUGUGUACCUCACGCCCGGUCUUACGGAAAAGCACUAUGAAAAUAACUAUCCCAGCAUUGUCAAUUAUCUUUACAUUUCUCCCGAUUUUGUCUCCUCCAGCGUCUGACAAAACUCGAAAAUGAAAGAGACCCCCCAAAAAAAGUCUUUUGUCUGAAUAACGAAGCUUCUUGUUGACGACUUCUUUAUUCCAAUGAUAGAAGCACAGAAAAUGCAGGUGGAUGUUUUCUUCUUUAUAGGAAUGAAUUGUAUUUAUAUCGUAGUUGAAAAAAAAAAAUGUAUUUGAUACCAUU